AAUGCUCUCUCAACAUCGCAUUGUGAUCAUCGAAAUCUCUCCAAACAAUAAAACCUCUAAACCCCAAAUUCCCAAAGUCCCUUUUCUCGCCUCCCCCGCCACGCUCCCUUUUCUUGGAUCUCAUCGCCCCUUCUUCCUUGUUUUUUUAUUUCUUUCUGAAUCCGCCCCCUCUUUUCCCCCUCAUUCGCUUUCCUUCAGAUCGCACUCCCAUUUCCUACACCCACUUCCCCACUUUCCAACUCAGAACCUCUUCGUACCUUCUUCUGGGUUGCUCUCCAAUGGCGUCCUUCACGGUCCCAUGCCCCAAGCUUUCCACUCUACCCGCUUUCCGUUCCAGCUCUCACAACAACUGGCAUCGCACCCACAUUAAGCAGAAUCUUUCUCUUCAUCGCCGCCCAUUUUGCCUGAAGGAUUCAUUUUCGUUCGGGUCUUCUUUUGUCCACCCACCAUUUUCUGGGAUUGAGGAGCCGAACAAGAAGAAAUCUGGUGGUGUAAUGGUGCAUGCACUUAGGGAGAUGGUGGUUGGAGAAAGUUCAAAUUCUGCACCAGCGCUUGUCUCUAGAGGAAAAGAUGAGUCUGCUGCAGAGGCAGUUUCUGAUCAAAAUUCUCUUCCAGAUGAGUCGACGAUAUCAGCCUUCAUGAGCCAAGUUUCAGAUCUCAUCAAACUUGUUGAUUCAAGAGACAUCAUGGAACUACAACUGAAACAACAGGAUUGCGAAAUUGUAAUAAGGAAAAAAGAAGCUUUACAGCCAAGUCCAUACCUGGCAUUGCCACCACCUCCUCAAGCAUAUAGCAUGGUUGCACCUCCACCGACACCGACCCCGACCCUGGCACCUGCACCUACAGCUGCUUCUGCUCCAGCAAAACCUCUCCCCCCUGCACUGAAAGCGGGUGGUUCUCAUCCACCUUUGAAAUGCCCGAUGGCUGGAACGUUUUACCGAAGCCCUGCCCCGGGAGAACCUCCAUUUGUGAAGGUGGGAGAUAAAGUGCAGAAAGGGCAAAUAAUAUGUAUAAUUGAAGCCAUGAAGUUAAUGAAUGAGAUUGAAGCUGAUAGAUCUGGAACCAUAGCUGAAAUAUUGGCUGAAGACGGAAAACCAGUCAGCGUAGACACGCCUCUUCUUGUGAUCGUACCUUGAUUGAUAGCCUUCAACAAUGCCACUUUUCAAGCUCUUCUUUUUCUUUUUUCUUAGGUUCAAAUUUCUUAUAGAUUUGUACGCACUUUUAGAAGAUGUGUCAACUUUUUUUUUUUUUUAUAAUAAAUAAUGAGGAUGUUUUUACAUGACGAUA